UGUAAACAAAUUUGUGCACAACAUUUGAGAGAAAUAUACGCAUAUGGAACAUUUCUGGGAUUUCUUUUUUCAGCUCAUGAAACAUGGGACCAACACUACAUGUUGCGUUUAAAUUUUGUUCAGUGAAUAUAUAUUUGGGGAAUGUAUGUCCAUGUUCUCUGUUACUGUGUUUUUCUUUUUAGGUGAAAAAAGUUAUUUAUUUAAUAGGAAAUGCCUUGACUGUGGAUCCAAACUGUGUUCAUGAAAGUCUAAAGCCAUCAUAAGAUAAAGUCUCAAAAUAUUGGAACUUUAAAGACUCACUGACUAAAAAAUGUAUAAAAAAGAGGUCUCAAAUGCUGCUGUCUCUUUAAAUAUUCCUGCUGUAAUUCCUGGAGCAUGCAUUUGGCUAUGAAAAAGACAUAAAGCUUGUGGGUCUUCAACACAAAAAAAUCACAUGGCAAAACUUCCCCAGACCUUGAAUUAUAGACCAGCAUCAUCUUGGAUGUUACACCUGCAGAGAGCCGGAGGCUCAGAGGGCUCAAUAUGGAUUUGUCUGGGUAGAGGAGCAACACCAUGUUUCUCAGCCUAGAUUCACAGACUCUUCACUGAGUUAUAUGCCUCUAAACAUUUCUUCAUCCAUUUGUAUUUUAUUUUAUACAUAGAGCUGUAAGCAGAGAAUGCUUUCAUUAGUCCUGUGGAUGGUAUGGGUCUCCUCGGUCUGCUUUCUACAAUGCAGGCCUGGGUCCUGUAAGGAGAUGAAGCUACCUAGCAGGGUAGGGAAGGCCCCUUCCCCAUCUGACUUUCUGGAUAAACUCAUGGGAAGGACAUCUGGGUAUGACGCCCGCAUUAGACCCAACUUCAAAGGUCCUCCUGUGAAUGUCACCAUCAACCUGUUCAUCAACAGCUUUGGGUCCAUCACAGAAACCACUAUGGACUAUCGGCUUAAUGUGUUUCUACGGCAACAAUGGAAUGACCCACGACUGGCCUAUAAGGAGUACCCUGAUGACUCUCUGGACCUGGAUCCUUCCAUGUUGGACUCCAUCUGGAAACCUGACCUUUUCUUUGCCAAUGAAAAAGGGGCAAACUUUCACGAAGUCACCACAGACAACAAACUGCUGCGGAUAUUCCAAAAUGGGAAUGUCCUCUACAGUAUCAGGUUAACUCUGAUCCUGUCCUGCCCUAUGGAUCUGAUGAACUUCCCUAUGGACAUUCAGACAUGCUCUAUGCAGCUGGAAAGCUUUGGCUACACCAUGAAUGACCUGUGUUUCCAGUGGCUGAAUAUUGGCCCUGUGCAGGUGGCUGAUGACCUGAUGCUUCCUCAGUUUGUGUUGAAGGAGGAGAAAGACUUGGGCUACUGCACCAAACACUACAACACAGGUAAAUUCGCCUGCAUCGAGGUAAAGUUCCACCUGGAGAGACAGAUGGGUUACUACCUGAUCCAGAUGUACAUCCCCAGCCUGCUAACCGUCAUCCUCUCCUGGGUCUCCUUCUGGAUCAACAUGGAUGCGGCCCCAGCUAGAGUGGGCCUUGGUAUCACCACAGUGCUCACCAUGACAACACAAAGCUCUGGGUCCAGGGCAUCCUUGCCUAAGGUGUCUUAUGUGAAGGCCAUUGAUAUCUGGAUGGCUGUGUGUCUUCUUUUUGUGUUUGCUGCACUGCUGGAGUAUGCAGCAGUAAACUUUGUCUCACGACAGCACAAAGAGUUCUUCAGACUGAGGAAAAAGAUCAAAGAACAACAGCGGCAGAGAACUCAGGGAAGUGGAACUGGUGAGAGCAGCAAAGUGAAAGGUAACAACGUGCCAGGCAACAACACCUGCCAGGGGACCUUGUCUGGCCCUCAGCAGUGCAGUGUCUGUGCCAGGGAGCAGGAACUGACAGAGCAGAGUCAGGCCUAUUUUCUCCAUAGUUAUGGAGCAGCAGAAGAUGCACCACCAGAGAUGGACGCCCCAAUCUUUCAGGCCUUACCUCCUGGGUUUCCACUGUAUGACAUCCGCAGGCGGUUUGUAGAUCGGGCAAAAAGGAUUGACACUAUAUCCAGGGCUGUGUUCCCUCUGAGUUUCCUUUGCUUCAAUGUUUUCUAUUGGCUCACGUACAAAGUGCUACGGAAUGAAGCCAUUCGAGCUACUCUGUGACAAACCAACAUCUGUGGACUGAAUUAUAGUACUAGAAUCUAGUCUUCCACAGAACACUUUGAGACAGUGUUGGAGAUCCAUCAGCUGUGCCAAUGGAUAAAUAACUGACUGCAUGUCCAGUUCCAUUCAUUUUUUUAUGAAAGUAAGCAAACUUGAUGUCUCUUCGAAGUGUCAUCCUUAAGUUUUUUUUACAAUUCCAAUGGAACGCACUAAUGGCAUAUAAGCCUUCUUGCACUAUGGAUACUUUCAAUGUCACCCCCAUGGAGGGCACAAGUCCAGAUAUUGAAGCAGGACUGCAUGGAAAAAUAUAUAUUUUUUUGUAUUUCAGAAUUGUAUUUAUUUUGUACUCUUGUGGAUUGCCACAUUACCGUAUUGGCAAAUCAUAAACCCCUACAAAUAUAUUGAUUUAAACAUAUGGUACACUUUAUGUAAUUGUACAUUAUUGGUACAGAAGUGAAUGCUGGACAUAUUGAAUUGUCUAGUUAGACAAUGUCCUUGAUUAUCAUACUGUGUCAAGUAUUGACUUUGUCAUCCUCAAUUAAACCAAAAAGCCAAAUUAA